AUGACUGGUGGACAGUCUUGCAAUGGUAAUAUGAUCGUUUGGAUACCAGAUGAGAGAGAAGUUUUUAUAAAAGGGGAGUUGGUGAGUACAGACAUCAACAAGAAUAAAUUUACCGGACACGAAGAACAGAUAGGAAUCGUUCGCCCGUUAAAUUCAUUGGACGCUUCUAAUCUAGUGCAGGUGCGAAUAUCCAAUGUAUUCCCAGUCAAUCCAUCAACUUUUGAUAAAGUAGAAAACAUGUCUGAGCUAACACAUUUGAACGAGCCCUCUGUGCUCUAUAACUUGGAGAAGAGAUACAAUUGCGACCUGAUUUACACCUAUUCUGGCUUAUUUUUGGUGGCGAUUAACCCUUAUCAUGAUUUGAAUUUAUAUUCCGAGGAGCAUAUAAAACUGUACCACAGCAGUCAUAACAGGUCAUUGAAAAGCGACUUACAGGACAGUUCCCAUGAAAAAUUACCACCACAUAUCUUUGCGAUUGCUGAAGAAGCUUACGAGAAUCUCUUAUCAGAAAAUAAAAACCAAUCCAUUUUAGUCACAGGUGAAUCUGGUGCAGGCAAGACGGAAAACACGAAGAAGAUCCUGCAAUAUCUAGCAUCUAUAACCUCCUCUUCUCCCUCCAAGGUAACGUCUGUUAAUGAUAGUUCUAUUGUAGAAAGUUUUGAAAUGAAAAUUUUACAAAGUAAUCCUAUCUUAGAAUCCUUUGGUAAUGCGCAAACAGUACGAAACAACAACUCUUCAAGAUUUGGUAAAUUUAUAAAGAUCGAAUUUAAUGAACACGGUAUGAUUAACGGUGCGCAUAUUGAAUGGUAUCUUCUGGAAAAAUCAAGAAUCGUUCAUCAGAAUGCAAAGGAGAGAAAUUAUCAUAUAUUUUAUCAAUUGUUAUAUGGAGUAGAUGAUUCUGAGUUAGAGCAACUAUUCCUCAAAUCCAGAAACAUAAAAGAUUACAAAAUUUUAUCAAACUCCAACCAAGAUCUUAUACCAGGAAUCAAUGACGUAGAGAAUUUCAAAAAAUUGUUAUCGGCAUUGAAUAUUAUCGGAUUCUCCAAAGAACAAGUAAAAUGGAUAUUUCAGGUUGUGGCUAUUAUUUUAUUAAUUGGUAACAUUGAGUUUGUCUCCGAUAGAGCAGAACAGGCUUCCUUUAAAAAUGAUGUUAGCGCAAUUUGUAGCAAUUUAGGUGUGAACGAGAAAGAUUUUCAAACUGCUAUUUUAAGACCUAGAUCAAAAGCCGGUAAAGAAUGGGUUUCACAGUCCAAAAACUCUCAACAGGCAAAAUUCAUCUUAAAUGCAUUAUCUAGAAAUCUUUAUGAACGACUUUUCGGUUAUAUUGUAGAUAUGAUCAAUAAGAACUUGGAUCACGGCAGUGCAUCUCUGAAUUAUAUCGGAUUAUUGGAUAUUGCAGGUUUUGAGAUUUUCGAGAACAAUUCGUUUGAACAACUAUGCAUCAAUUAUACAAACGAAAAACUACAACAGUUCUUCAAUAACCACAUGUUUGUUUUAGAACAGAGUGAAUAUUUGAAGGAAAAUAUCCAAUGGGAUUACAUAGAUUACGGUAAAGAUUUACAACUGACAAUCGAUUUGAUCGAAAGCAAAGGUCCACCGACUGGUGUCCUACCGUUGUUAGAUGAGGAAGCCGUUUUGCCCAAAUCCACCGAUGAGUCGUUCUACUCUAAGCUGAUCUCUACUUGGGACCAAAAUUCUUCUAAAUUCAAACGUUCAAAAUUAAGAAAUGGAUUUAUCCUGAAACAUUAUGCUGGAGAUGUUGAGUACACUGUCGAAGGUUGGUUAUCGAAAAACAAAGAUCCUCUAAAUGAUAAUCUUCUCUCAUUAUUAUCUACUUCGCAGAAUGCUAUUAUAUCAAAACUAUUCGAGCUGGAGGGAGAAAAGUUCUCUAGCACUAGUAUAGAAGCCAACAUCUCCAACCAAGAAGUUAAAAAGUUAGCUAGAACAAGUAACUUUAAGACAACCUCGUCACGUCAUAGAGAACAGCAGAUAACAUUACUAAAUCAAUUAGCCUCUACGCAUCCACAUUUUGUUCGUUGUAUAAUUCCAAAUAAUGUGAAAAGACCGAAAGAAUUUAACAGAAAGUUGAUCUUAGAUCAAUUACGUUGCAAUGGUGUUCUAGAGGGUAUCAGACUUGCGAGAGAAGGUUACCCAAAUAGAAUAGCAUUUCAGGAGUUUUUCCAGCGGUAUAAGAUCUUGUAUCCUGAAAAUUCGAAUUCUACAUCCUUCAAUUCCAGAUUAAAAUCCACCAUCAAACAAAGUUGCGAAUUUCUUCUAACGUCUUUGCAACUAGAUACUAAUGUGUAUAAAAUUGGUAAUACAAAACUGUUUUUCAAAGCUGGGGUAUUAGCUGAUCUUGAAAGGCAAAAAGAUGCUAAACUGAACAUUAUAAUGACUGAACUAACUGCUACCAUACGAGGAUGUGCUACAAGGAAAGCAACAACGUCUCAUUUACAGAAGUUGAAAAAUACAAGAGUUAUAGGCAAUACUUUUAGAUUAUACAAUCAACUGGUAAAAGAUGAUCCUUGGUUUAGUUUAUUCAUCAGAAUCAAACCGCUCUUAAUAUCAUCCAAUGAUAUGACAAGAACCAAGAAAUUUAAUGAACAAAUUAAUAAAUUGAAGAACGAUCUUCAGGAAAUGGAAUCGAAGAAGAAGUUUUUAGAAGAAAAAAAUAGAAAAACUAUUGAUGAAUUGAAAGAUACCCAUGAAUUGCUAAAUCAGGAAAAAGAGAAUUUAAAAAGAAAUGAAAACCUAUUAAAUAGAAUUAAAACUAGUUCAGGAACAUUGCAGAAACAAUUUAAUGAUCUUGUUUCAGAAAAGGAUGAAAUUAAUAGGCAAAAAUUACAAAUAAUGCAAAAGCUUGAAGAAUCUGAGCUAACAAUCCACGACCUUCAAGAAACCGUGAAAGAACGGGAAACGACAUUAGAAAAAUUACACAUAAAGAACGACCAACUAAUAAAGCAAAUAUCAGAUUUGAACUGCGAUAUUUCCAAAGAACAGAGCUCCCAAUCAUUGAUAAAAGAAUCUAAAAUGAAGUUAGAAAAUGAAAUAGAAAGAUUGAAAAAUAUAAUCAACUUGAAAGAGGAAGAAAUAAAAACGUUCAAUAAAAAAUUGAGUACCUCAGAAGAAGAUUUAGACAUUAAGCUAGUCACUUUGGAAAAAAAUUGCAACAUUGCAAUGUCAAGGCUUCAAUCUCUAGUGGCAGAAAAUUCAGAUUUGCGUUCAAAGAACGAGAAUUGUAAGAAAGAAAAGGAAUUACUGAACAAUCAACUAAAAAACAAAGACAAUCAACUGGAAAAGAUGAAAGAAAAGAUAGAUAAUCACAAGAAAGAGCUUGCUAUUUUUUCUAAGCAAAGGGACGAUGCAGUUAAUGAGUAUGGUAAAAUUACUACGGAACUAAAAGAAACAAGAACUCAGCUGACUGAAUAUAAGUCCAAUUUCCAAAAGGUUAAAGACGAAUAUUCUAGCUUCCAAAAGCAAAUAAAGGAACAGGAACAAAAGAAAAGAAAUGGCCAAAUUGAGCCUCUGAGUGAUAAUAAAAUCAAAGAACUAGAAGCGCGGUUAUCACAGGAAAUUUCCUUGAACCAAUAUCUGAACAAAAGAAUAUCAAAUGCCUCUGUAGAAUCAAACACUUCGUCCGCUAAACCUGUGUCGUAUUCCGACCAGCCAGUCGAUAAAGAAGACGUUAUAAAAAGAUAUUAUGAUCUUCAAUUGGCUUUUACUGAGGUAACGAAAAGUCUAGAGAAUGAAAUUGAAGAGAAGAAGAACUUGAUUUCUAGAUUAAGAUUUACUGAAACGAGACUGGCAUCUUCCUCAUUUGAGAAUCAGAAAAUUAAAGCACAAAUAAAGAAAUUGAAGAAAUUAGUUCUAGAUAUAGACCCUAGUAUUCAAUUGAAUACUAUUCUAGAUGAGCAGUCAAAUAACUCCUCGAGUAAAGAAUCUGAUAUUAAUAAAUUAAUGCUGGAAGUCGAAUAUUUGAAAAGACAAUUAGACAUCGAAACAAAAGCUCAUUAUGAUGCGGAGAAUGCUAUAUCUGCCUUACAUAGUAAAUUUCGAAAAAUUCAAGCAGAAGGUUCCAUGUCAUCUUCUGAGAUUUACAAAUUGAAGUUUGAAGCCAGUGAGGAGAGAGUAAAAUCCUUGGAAGACAAACUGAAAACUAUGCCUUUGCGUGAUCGAACAAAUUUACCUGUUGGCGACAUAAUAAAGAACCGUGAUAGCAUAUCAAAAUACGAAGAAGAAAUCCGCUAUUACAAACUUGAAAACUAUAAACUUCAGGAGAUUUUAAAUGAGUCAAACGGAAAAAUGAGCCAACUCACUCUUGACUUGAGGCAAUCAAAAUCAAAAGAUGCCUUACUUAGUGAACAAUUAGAGAGAUUGCAGAAAGAUCUUGAAUCUACGGAACGCCAAAAAGAACUAUUAUCCUCAACCAUAAAACAACAAAAACAACAAUUUGAGAACUGUAUGGAUGAUCUGCAAGGAAAUGAAUUGCGGCUAAGGGAGCAUAUUCACGCACUAAAACAAGCUGAGGAGGAUGUAAAGAAUAUGGCAUCUAUUAUCGAAAAAUUGAAAACUCAGAAUAAACAAAAAGAAAAGUUAAUCUGGGAGCGUGAAAUGGAAAGAAAUGACUCAGACAUGCAACUACAGGAAACACUAUUAGAAUUGAAAAGAGUCCAAGAUGUAAAAAAAAUUCUAAGUGAUGAUUUAGCCCAUUUAAAAGAGCGGUUAAGCGCGGUAGAUGAUCGAUCUCAAUAUACAAAUGAGAUUAAUAGAUUAAAGGAAGAAUUGAGCUGCUCUUUGAAAGUUGAAACCAAUUUAAAGAAAGAUUUUGCAACGCUUAAGUACAAACUGGAAACUUCAAACAACGAUUCUGAGGCGCGGAUUUCUGACCUGUUGAAACAACUUGACCAUUAUACAAAAGUAGUGGAGAUGUUGAACAAUGAAAAAGAUGCAAUCUCUCUUGCCGAAAAAGACCUUUAUCAAAAAUAUGAGAUCCUCAAUGCUAAAUGUCAGUCACUAACAGAAAAGAUAGGGUCUUUGACAAAAACCAAGCAGGAGUUGGAAUUUGACUUAAAUCAAAAGACUGAUGCUUUGGAAGUUUCAAGUGCAGCACUCUUAAAAUCUACCCAAGAGAAUAAACAAAUUUCUGAAAAAAUUAAAUACUUAGAGGAAACACUAAAAUUACAAAUGGAGCAAAAUACCAGGAAUGGGGAACUGGUUAAAAAAUUGCAAGAUAGCUGCGGUGAAUUUAGAGGAAAACUCGAUCAAGAAAAGCAGAAAAACAUUGAUUUAUAUGAAGAAAACCAAACCUUACAAAAGCUUAACACCGACUUACAGUCCCACGUAGAAAAUUUGCAAGAUAGAUUAUCAGACACAACUGAAAAAAAUGCAUGGUUAUCUAAAAUUCAUGAAUUAGAAUGUAUGGUGAGCUUCGAAACAAACCUAAAAUAUGAAGAGAUGAAAAAGAACAAAAGUUUGGAGAGGGCAGUAGAGGAAUUACAGACGAAAAACUCUCAACAAACAGAUGUCAUAGAACUAUCUAACAAAAACAGAAGCGAAUUUGAGGAAAGUGCCUUAAGAUAUGAGGCUCAAAUUUCCGAGUUAGAGAAGUAUAUCUCUCAGCAAGAACUCGAAAUGAAGAAAUCCAUUAGAGACAACUCUUCAUACCACGAUAAAGUGCAAGAAAUGGCUCAAGAAAUUGAGUUUUGGAAAAGCCGUUAUGAAUCAACCAUGAUAGGCUCGAAGAACACCGAAAGUAAUAACGCACAGAGUAAAGUUUUCAAUUAG